AUGGCUGAGGCUGUUACAGCUUUUCCAUUCGUUGCCAAUUUGCCUGGUGUUGAUUCUAGUCUGCUGCGCGCAAACAAACGUCAGCAACCAAGCCCCGGUUCCUGUCCAUUCAACGCAGAUCAUGUCGCCGCUCCAGGCAUCUCAGCCUCUUAUUCAUACAACGGAGCCAAGAAUGGUCUUCCAGGUAAAGGGAUUGGUGGUUAUCAAGUUCCAGCACCAGGAGACACUGAUCACCAAUUUAUCGCACCGAAGUCCACAGAUAUUCGUGGACCAUGUCCCGGUUUAAACGCUGCCGCCAAUCACAAUUUCCUUGCUCGAGAUGGCAUUACCACAUAUAAUGAGCUUGUUGAUGCUCAACAAAAUUUGUAUAACGUCGGUUAUGACUUGGCGAAUCUUCUUGCUGUUCUCGGCCUUACAUUAUCAGAUGGUGAUAUUGUUACCGAGAAACUGUCCAUUGGAUGUGAUGCUACCUCACGGACAUCUUAUUCUCCAGUUUUGACUGGAUCAGAACCAGGUUUGGAUGGACACAACAAAUUUGAGUCUGAUACAUCUCUCACGCGCAAUGAUUAUUUCCUUGGCGAUGGCGAUAAUUACUCAUUCAACGGAACACUUUUCGGAAUGAUGACCGAGACUACUGGUGGAACUUAUGAUCGUGACGGAUUGGCUCUAUACCGAAGCCAGCGUUACCAACAAUCCCUCCGAGACAACCCAAACUUCUAUUUUGGUCCUCUGACCCUCCUCCUCUUCGGUGCUUCCUCUUUCCUCUAUGAGUUAAUGCCAUCUGGAACCAAAAACUACGUCCCAGACUAUGAAACCAUCUCCUCAUUCUUCGGAGCCGUAAAAAAUGCAGAUGGUUCCUAUUCCUUCAACGGCGGGGAAAAGAUCCCAGCUAACUGGACCAAUCGCGUAACGCCAUAUACAACCGUCGACGUCGCUGUAGAAAUUCUCGCCCAAUAUCUCCAAUAUCCCGUUCUCUUCGGUGGUGCCACCGGAAAUGGUGGAUUUGACGUUCUUAAUUUUGGAUUUAUUAAAAAUGGAACAUUGAUUGCGCCACCGGAAGCUUCGCAGACUUCUUGCUUGCUCUAUCAGCUUGCUACGCAGAGUAUUCCUUCUUCGUUGAAUAGUAUUCUUACUCCGACUGUUAAUACGCUUGCGUUUGUUCUUAAGAAGUUGAAUCCUUUGUUUGGGAAUUUGGGUUGUCCGAUUGCUCUUACGUAG